GUGCAUGUGUGUGUGUGUGUGUGUGCACUACUGAGGGGUAUUAGGAGUCCAUUGUGCGAGUGCAGAGGCAGAAGGAGAGGGAGGAUCAGAGAAGCACAUCUGUUCAACAAGAACCACAGCAGACACACAGAAAACAGCCACAAGUUACAGUGAAGAUCUCAGAUCAUCUCUGAAGAGGAUUGAUUUGCGUCUCUCUGUUGGUUUCAUACUUUUACUGAUCUCACAAAAGGAUGUGUUUGCUCUCGAGAUGAUGCUGAUGUUCUGGACAGCAGUUGUGUUCUGCUUGUGUGGACGUACUGUGGACGUUUAUGGAGCGGCUGAUGAAGAUGCACUGCCUACCAGUUUAAUAAACAUGGUCACGUCUACCAUUUUACCCACUGCAAUACCCACAGAAGACGAGAGCGGUAUACUUGUGGAUUGGCUCACAAAAUAUGGAUAUCUCCCGCCUCCUGACCCCUCAACGGGUCAGUUACAGGCCUGGACAGCUGUCACUCAAGCCGUGAAGAAAAUGCAGAGUUUUGCUGGUUUGGACGAAACGGGAAUAUUAGAUGAAGAGACGCUUCAGCUCAUGCAAACACCUCGAUGUUCACUUCCAGAUGAUGAUGAUGAUGAACAAACCAUUCAUUCUGCACAGCACGCUGAUCCGCAGAACCAAAGGAUGAAGAGGGCCAUUUCUACCUGGACAAGAAGAAAUAUCAACUGGAGGCUGCGCUCUUAUCCAGUAUCCUCCAAACUGUCCCGUGAGACGAUUCGCUCUCUUGUGUUUUACGCACUGAGAGUUUGGGCUGAUCCAACACUGCUCGAGUUUCAUGAGGUACGAGGCCCUGAGGGUGCGGAUCUACAGAUAGAUUUCCUGCAUGGCCCACAUGGAGAUGGAUAUCCGUUCGAUGGAGCAGGUGGAUCUGUUGGCCAUGCUUUCUUUCCCUCAGACCCCAACAGGGCAGGUGGAGUUCAUCUGGAUGCAGAGGAGGACUGGGCCUUCAGACAGCCAGCAACAGAGGGAACGGAUCUGUUCACAGUGCUGGUGCACGAGCUGGGUCACGCUCUCGGACUGACCCAUUCAUCAGCACGCCAGUCUGUAAUGCGUCCGUACUACCAGGGGCCCCUGGGGGACCCGCUGCACUUCAGUCUGGGGCAUCACGACCUGCAGCACAUCACGGCUCUUUAUGGUCAGAGGGGUAAUGAUAUUCCAACAGACACACCUCUUCCUGUGACGGAAACUCAACUUCGCCAUCGACAUCACAGACUCACACACAUGUACACACACGCACACAGCCAUCCGGACAGUUCUGUGGAUCGCUGUAACACCAGUUUUGAUGCAGUCGCCAAAAUUCGAGGAGAGAUCUUCUUCUUCAAAGGCCAGAGCAUGUGGAGAAUAAGCAGAGGUGGUCUGGUGUCGGUCAGGGCUGUUCCUGUACAGACUUGGUCGGCUCUUCCUCCUUCUCUUCCUCCACUGCGAGCCGUUCUGGAGAGACACACUGAUCACGCCAUCAUCUUCAUCAGCGGUUCGCAGGUUUGGCUGUUCAAAGAUCUAUCACUCCAGGACGGGUUUCCUCAGCCUCUGCCCACUCUGGACGGAAGGUUUGAGGGUCUGCAUUGGGACCCGACGCAGGGUGUGGUUUGGGGCUCCAUUAGAGAAGAAGGACAGAAUGGAGAUAAUAAAGUCUGGAGAGAACUCAUUGAAGGAGGAGUGAACGGCAUCAUCAUGGAGAAUGACCACCAGAGAGAAACGAAUGGAGACUUUAAGGGUUCAACCUACGUUUUCAAAGGCAAUUCCUACUGGAAAUUCACUCAUCCAGGCUCCGCCCCUGUUGAAGGAUACCCUCGUCUUCUGGCCUCUGAUUGGCUGGAUUGCCCUCAGGACUCCUCCUACAGUCCUGCUGACAUCUCUCUGAUCUCUCAUUAUGGCCAACAGGAGCUGCACGAACAGAAAAAGGAAACCAUCAUCGACCAGAUCAGACACAGUGAAAAUAAUAAACCUCAGCGCUGGGACUGUCCCUGCCAGAACACUGCAGGGACUCAAAGGGGACAUGCUUUACUGUUAGCCUUUCUGUUUCUGCUCACUGUCAUGUGUUAAUAAAGGGACAGUUGACCCAAAAA